AUGGAUAAACCAAACAUUGCCAAUGGAAGUUCUUCCACCCCAACCGCCGCUACCGUUACAGCAGCUGUACCACCUCCACCACCGCGUAACGUUUUUCCGGGAGCUCCGCCCCCAGCUCCUACGGUCACUUUAAAAGGGGCUCCGCGACCACCAGCCAUGACUAGUCCAGCAACAGCUGUUGCCGCUGCUGCUGCAGCCGCUGCCGGUGGUUUAGCUGGUGCACAAUAUCGUGGCGCCACCUGGACACCUCAAGGUUAUACACCAGCUGCAGCGGCUGCAGCUGCUGCUGCCGCUGUUGCUCAACAGGCCUAUCGUUAUACGGCUCCAUUGCCUCAACCAGCCUAUGCUGCAUAUACACCGCAUACAACAACUACACCAGCAACAACAACGGUAAGUGAGAAAAUUUAUAUUUUUUGACAAAUUUCGUAUAUGAAUCCCUUGGGAAAUGUUGAAUCUGUGGUAAAUCUGCUGUUGAUUUGUUAAAACAUGAAAAAAUUGCUUUAUUUUGAAAUCCCAAUAUAAAGUUUAUAUAAAAAGAGAUUUUUGAAAAAAAUUAUAAACCAACAUCGAAUCCAUAAUAAAAUUUAUUUUGAAAGAUUCGUUUCUUUAGACAAGUGUCUUUGCAAGACUAGUAUUUAUAGAUACAUAUAUUUGCAAGGGCUGUUUCUACGAGCUUAUUUGCAAGACCAGUUCCCAUAGACAAAAGACCUUGCAACAAUGGUUUCUAUAGGCAACUAUCGUUACUAGACUUGUUUCUAUUGAAAAGUGUCUUAGAUUUUUGAAAGAAAUUAAUAACCAACAUUGAAUCCAUAAUAAAAUUUAUUUUGAAUUAUUCGUUUCUGUAGACAAGUGUCUUUGCAAGACUAAUUUUUAUAGAUACGUAUAUUUGCAAGGGCUGUUUCUACAAGCUUAUUUGCAAGACCAGUUCCCAUAGACAAACGACUUUGCAAGAAUGGUUUCUAUAGGCAAGUGUCGUUACUAGACUUUUUUCUAUUGAAAAGUGUCUUAAAAUGACUAAUUUUUUAUACAAAAUUGUAUUUACAAGACUCUGGUUUAUACAAGUGUCUUUUCUACAUACAAUUGCUGGAAUUGGUCUAUAGACAAAUAUCUUCUCAGACGCAUUUCUAUAAGCAAUGGAUUUAGCAAAAACUACUUCUUUAGGCAAUUGUAUUUGCAAGACUAGUAUCAUUAGGUAAUUAUAUUUGCAAGACUUGUUUAGAAAUUUGUGUUGACAUUACAAAUUUCUUUAUACAAGACACAUUGCAAGAUUCUUAUCUAACAAAACUUUACAAGACUACUUAGAUUUUGAGCAAGAGAUUUUACAAAAAUAUUUUUUAUAUAAAAAUAUAUUUGCAAGACUUUUCUAUGGACAAUUUAAUUUGCAGAACUUUAUAGAAAUUACUACUUAAACGACUCGUUUUCGAAGCCAGAGUCUUUAAAAAUGUGGGUCCAAUGAAUUAAUAUCUUUGCAAGAAUGCUUUAAGUAGACGAUUGUCUUAAGAAAAUCGAUUACACAAAACUCUUAUCUACAGAUUGCUAUACUUGCAAGAAGCAACAGUUUUCGCAAGACUUAAAUCUAGAAGCAACAGUCUACGCAAGACUUAAUUCUAUUUACAACGUACUUUACAAGACUUGUUUUUAUAUACAAAUGUUUUUGCAAUACAAGUGUCUUUAUAUCUACAAGAAAAGGACAUCUUUGCAAGACACCUUUCGUUUCUAGAGAUAACAGAUUUUGUUCAGGUUCUUGUAUAGAUAAGAGUGUCGCAAGACUAGUUUCUACAGAUAACAUAUUUGCAAAACUAACUUCUUUAAGCAAGAAAGUUUGCAAGACUUGUUUUUAUAGCCUAUACCACUAUAGUGGAGAGGGUGUUAUUAUGCGUUGGUGCUGACGUUUGUAACACCCAAAAUUAUUAUUGGUUCUACACCCUGAGUCAAUUUAUUUAUGUCCGUCUGUCUGUGUGAAAUCGGUCCAAUAUUUCGCCUAGUCCCCAUACAACCGUAAGCCCCAAAUAGGGAUUUCUAAAUGACACUACCGAUUUUUGUUCUUUUAAACUUUUUUUGUAAAACUUUUUCAUCGCUUAACUUAAAUUUCUAAAAGAGUCAUGACUGCAAAAAUAGUUUUUCGGCAGAGCACUUGGACCGAUACUGUCCAUUUUCAAUACCAAAUAAACCAUACCUAUAAGGAAGGAAUGUGCAGAAUUGCAUUUUCUUUUUAUUUUUAUCUCCUUUCGAUUGAACCCUAUCGUGCUUUCAACAGACAAAAGGACGGACAGAUAUGGCUAGAUCGUCUUAGAGCAGUGGUGCUCAAACACAUACUACCAUACUCUAUAAUAGUUUUACUUGUGUUGGUAAAGCAGUAUAGAACAAUAUAAAUAAAGCCAACUGUCAAAUAUUUAUUAUGGAUUUUGACAGCCUGCGUAUAUCAACUGCUCUCUCAAGAUUAAUUCGGCUUUCUCAAAAUUUUGUUGUUGUAUAUCUGUGUGUAUUUUAAAAACGUCGCUCACAGACCUUACUUCGAAAAGUACCGAUCAGCAAACUGAUUUGAUUUUGUAUAUCAUUAUAAAAAGAAGAAGAAUUAAACCCUAAGUGUAUGUGUAUCAACUUUGCGUUAGAAGAAUUUUCUUACCCUAUCACGCGUGCUUUGAAAUGACAAUAUUGAGCUCCUCUGUCUUAGAAUUUAAUCCAUAGGAUAGGAUCCAGAAUAUAAUAUAUAUUUUUGUGGGUCUAUGAUUAAUAUCUCAAUGUGUUACAAACGGAAUAACAAAAUCCUUAUAACCCUCAUCUUUUUUUAAUGGCUGGUAUAAAAAAAGUCAGUUCUAUAGAUAAAAUCCUUUGCAAGAGUUGUUACUGUUGACAUGAGUAUUUGCAAAAUAUAUUUUAUUAAAUUAUUUAACUUAUUUUUCUCUAUUACCAGCCUUAAGUAGUUGUAAGUAUUUUAAACUAAAUAAUAUGCAAAAAAUUAAUUGAACCAUUAAAAUUUUGAAAAAAAAAAGAUAUGAACUUUCCAACAGUUGUCAAUCCUCUUCAACUUGUUCCUUUUUCUGUAAAUUAUUUUGUUUUUCCUCUAAAGCUUUUUCAAUGAACAGUAGGCGUAACUUAUAAUAAAAACUUUUUUAAUAUAAACACAGUUUGUAAAAUUUUUUUUAUUAUUUAAAUUUUGAAAAAAAAAAUAUCGUCAUAAACUCAGCGGCAUAUUUUGUUUUACUAG